CACCAACCUGAAAAGAAGAAGAAAAGUGAUGGAGGAGAGUAAAGCGAUGAAGCAACAGCCCAAGAAAAACUUGUGGAAACCAGAAGAAGAUUUGAUCCUCAGAAGCUAUGUGGAAACUCAUGGUGAAGGGAAUUGGGCGAUUGUCUCCCAGGAAUCAGGUUUGAUGCGAGGAGCGAAAAGCUGCAGGCUGAGAUGGAAGAAUUACCUCCGGCCUAAUAUAAAACGUGGGGGGAUGUCCAAAGAGGAAGAGGAUCUAAUUAUCCGUAUGCAUAAACUUCUAGGCAACAGAUGGUCAUUGAUUGCCGGUCGGCUUCCAGGUCGAACUGAUAAUGAGGUGAAGAACUACUGGAAUACCCAUUUAAACAAGAAUGGCCUGCAGGAUAAAAGAAAAGCCAAUAACUCUAACAGCUGUAAGAAAAAUGAUGACAACAACAGCGAUGAUGGGAAUAAUAAGAAGCAAAAGAAAGUUAUCAAUCAGAUUUAUUAUCCUCAACCACCAAUUUGCAGUGACAACGGGACAGAUUUGGCUCACGAUAUACAGAGAAGGAACCAGGAAGAGAACAGAGAAAAGCAAGAUCCUUGGAAUAUGGAUGACAUAACAAGUUCUCAUUACAAUAUAAACUCACCAAUGAUACCUGCAAAUAACACGACGUUUAAUUUUGACGACGAGCCUUACUUUGACCACCUUGAUCCCUUCUUCCUGUUUGAAGCAUUUGGAUGCAGUAGUGUUGAUGCAUCACUGGAUAACAUGUAACUUGUGAUUCAUUAGAAACCCCACGCUCAGGUAGGCUUCUUAUUGUCAAAAUCCUUAUUCUUUUCCAACCAGUAAGAUGGUAAAAUUGCACCAGCUCUGUUUAACAUUCAGAACCAUAGCUUCAAAUUCCAUGCAACCUUUUCCUGUACCUUUUGAGCAACUUUACACAUUGUUAUGUAGCAAUCAGAACUGCAUUUUCAAAAAACAUCUUGGAAUCUACCAAAUUUUACAGCACGGAAGCCGAACACGGCUAUUAUAUUAUA